ACAAAACUUAAUUAUGAUUUUAAAAUUGAUACUAUGGAUCCGAUGCAGAGAUCAACACGAUUAAAUGUUAAUAAAACCGAUUAUAUAAUACCUCAUUGGGAGAAAAACUGGUCAAUUCCUCCAAAACGAAUGAGUCUACCAUCAACCGAGUAUAACGAAAAAUACAUAUAUUCACAUAUUAAUCAUGCACCUACAACUUUUGUUCAACAAAAAUUAGUUGCUCCUAAAGAAAUGAUUGCAAUGCAAACACUAAAAAUUAGUGAUAUGGGUAUAAUUAGAAAAUUGGACCCAUAUGUGAGUACUCAAAAAUUAGCACAUACAGAAAUAAAUCCAAUUACUGUUAAACAAUUAAAUUAUCAACAAUCGAAAAAAAAUAAAAUUAUUGUGUCAGAAUAUAAAUUUUAUUCACCAAUAUUCAAUCAAAAAAAUGGUAUUCGAUUAUUACCAAAAACCAUUAAUCAUGUUCCACACAAUUCUUUUAAAACAGAGAUGUCAGCUUCAUAUAAGACACCAAAUAAUAAACUAUCAACAUUUGAUUGUCCUGUUGAAAAUCCAGUAUCAAUUUCAAGGAAUCUAACUCUGCCUCAAAUUUUAUCAGUGCCUGGAAUGUAUGCAAGUGAAUACUCAAAAAUUGGGAAUACAUGAUUUAAUAAUAAAAAACAAGUUAUAAUGAGCUAAAGUAAUAAACUCAAUCUAAAUAUUGUUGUAAAAUUUGUUUUAGUAAAGACAUAUCAUAAUAAUCA